UUUUUUUUUAUUGAUUGUUGUAGUUUGUAAAUUGGAACAAUUUUAUUUUAAGUGUUCUAAAAUUGAAAUCAUAGUAGUAUAGGCUUAGUACCAACAUUUCAUCAGCUCUGAUUGACAGGAGAGGAAGCUACACACAGAUGUUGAUAUGCCUAGAGCCAGUAAAGGUAAAGGCGGAGGGGAUAACUCUAAAUCAGAGGCUAAAAAUGAGGCCAACAAUGGAAAGAAUGAAUCAAAAUCUGAAAUCAAACUUGACAAUAAGGCAGACAAAGCAGACUCAGGUGGCGCAUCUGCUAAAGGAAAUGAUUUAAAAGUUGAAAAGGAAAAAUCAUCAGCCUCAUCAAGUGGCCAGUGCCUUAGUCCAACACAAUCAACUGGCUCAUCCGCAGAUGAAAACAAAGGGGCCAUCGGUGGUGUUCCUCCAUCUUCAAGGGAAAAAAUACAAACAUUACUUGGAGAUUUAUUUGUUAAUAUUAAGGAUAUACAGGUAGAACGUGAUCGAGCAGAGCACAAUUUAACAAACAUUCACAAAACCCAUGAGAAAAUGAGAGAAGAAGGAAAAGUUACUCCCUACUACAGACAGAAGUUAAAGUCUUUGUACAGUGCAGCUACCACAGAUGCUGAGGCUGAAGCUGAAGUUAUAAGGUCUGCCCUUGAGAAGAUAAAAGAAAUAAAAAAGCUUCAAGAGAAAUCAGCAAAGCAGAAGCAUGAUUCAGGUCGACCUAAACAAAUCAUGAGAAGGGGGGUCCUGAUGUCACAGCUGCAGCAGAAUGCCACGACCUUACCUCUGUGGGUCAGCAAGCCAGGAGAAAGCCCGCCUCCAUUGUGUGGGGCAGUACCUGCUGAUGGCAACUACAUUUCUCAGCCUGAAGAUAAAGUAGCAGCUAGGGUCAAGGGUCAGGAUGGGGAAGAAAACUGGAUUCUGGCUGAGGUCGUCCAUUUUAAUGCCCACACUGGGAAGUAUGAAGUGGACGAUGUAGAUGCAGAAGAAGGAAAGGAGAGACAUUCUAUAAGUCGACGUAGAGUAGUUCCCCUUCCUAUCUGGAAAGCUAAUCCAGAAACAGAUCCUGGUGCCCUGUUUGCUAAGAAAACACUGGUGCUGGCCCUGUACCCACAGACCACCUGUUUCUACAGAGCUCUGGUAGAUGAACCACCAAAAAAGCCCCAAGAUGACUACUCUGUUCUGUUUGAGGAUACCUCCUACGCUACAGGAUACUCCCCACCUUUGAUGGUUCCCCAGCGAUAUGUUAUAGCAUGUAAAGAGGACAAGAAGAAAUAAGUACUCAAAUUUUGUUAUCACAAGCUGUUUUUAAUGAGAUACUGACUAGUAUGUAAUUUGUACAUAUUGAAUUGUAAAAGAUAUCUGGUUUAAUAAAUGUCCUUCAGUUAUCGUUCAUAUAUAAGAAGAUUUGAAUCAAAUCUGUUACAAAAUUUCUGUGGUUAUUAUGGAGAUUGAAGUAAUUUGAGAACAUGAGUUUUGAAUUACAAUGUUGUUAUAUAUGAGUUAGCUCUCUUUAUAAGAGUUAUUUCCCUUGGAAUGUUGUUAAAACUUUUUUUUGCAAGGUUGUUUUUUAAUCAUAUGAUUAUUAGCUAAUGAAUGUGUUAAUGUCAUUUUUUUAUCAUACCUAAAAAUAUCAGGUAUAUAUAUAUAUUUGUCAGUAACUCUGCAUUAAUCUUUUAAAUUGGAGCAAUAGCUGUGCAUAAAUUAUCAAAAUAAUUGUACACUUGUUUUUAAUGUAUUUACUAUUUCAUUUUAAUUGUAUUUAGUCUUUGAGUAGAAUAGUUAAUGUGAGACUUUAGGCCUGUUAGUAGUCCUUCAUCCAAUGAAACAUUGAAAUAAAUGUGUGUGUUAAUGUAAACAAGGUCAAGAGUCAGGAGCCUGAAUACCUGACAUUUUUAGGAUUGCUCCACGCCAAAUGUCAGCAUUUCUGAGUGGCCAUAUGGCCGAGGUUUGCAUGAAAGUGAUGUUUCAUGACUUGCCAAGAUUUCAUAAGAUAAAAUUUAUUCCAAUAAAUUUGUUAUAUUUGUACCUUUGGCUUAUCUAUUUUAACAACUGAAAAUUGUUUCUGCUUUUAGGUUAAGUUUUUUU